AUGAGUGAUUCAAGGUACUUAUCAAAAGAAUUUAUAAGUGAUUUUUUAGAGAAAUAUCGUGAUUUUCCAUGUUUAUGGAAAAUCAAAUCAAAAGAGUAUACAAAUAAAAACCUAAAAAACAAAGCCUACGACGAAUUGGUUGAUUUAUGUAAAACCGUUUAUCCGGACGCAAAUAGAGAUUUCGUGGUUAAAAAAAUACAGAGUUUCAGAGGAUCUUUCCGAAAAGAACUUAAAAAAGUGGAAGAUUCCAAAAGAAGUGGAAGGUCUGCUGAUGAAGUGCAUAUUCCGACGUUAUGGUAUUAUCACCUUUUGGAAUUCACCGUCGAUCAAGAACUUCCUACAGGAAGUAUAAGUAACAUAAAUAGCGAAGAUCAGUUACAUAUAUUAGACGAAAAUACAGAUGAGGUAAAACAUUUUAAUCAACUGUUAUAA